AUUCAAUUUUACAUUCAGUAAACUUUUUUAUUUACUAGUAUACGUCAGUCUGUAGUAAUAUACUGUUGUGUAGCUAAUACGUAUUUUUUUAAAAUGUAUUCCUUACUUAAUACAACAGAAAAUGCUCACGAAGACAGUAUUUGGACCUGUGCGUGGGGUUGUUUGAAGAAGAAAAAGGAAGCGCAGCCAGAUAAUGAUGAUUCGCGCGAUUCUGUACAAUCCAAUGAAGAAGAAACAUUGGAGUACUUAGUAACUGGCUCAGUUGAUGAUACCGUUAAAGUUUGGGAACAAAAAGAUAAAGCUUUACAGUUAAAACAUAAAUUAAGUGGGCAUUCACUUGGUGUGGUAUCUGUUGCUGUAAGUUCAGAUGGUUCAAAAUGUGCUUCAAGCUCACUAGAUUCCAGCUUAAAAUUAUGGGAUGUAGAAGCAGGAGAAAAAAUAUCAAGUAUCGAAGUUGGGCCUGUGGACAUUUGGACAGUGGUAUUUUCCCCAGAUGACAAGUUCAUUGUAUCAGGUAGCCAUUCUGGUAAAAUACAUUUAUAUGGAACAGAAAGUGGAAAACAGGAACAAACAUUGGAUACCAGAGGUGGAAAAUUUACUUUAAGUGUUGCCUUUAGUCCUGAUGGUAAAUAUAUUGCCAGUGGUGCAAUAGAUGGGAUUAUUAAUAUUUUUGAUGUUACCUAUGGAAAAGUAUUACGUACAUUGGAAGGACAUGCAAUGCCUAUCAGAUCCUUGUGCUUUUCACCAGAUUCACAGUUGCUUCUUACUGCAUCUGAUGAUGGACACAUGAAACUGUAUGAUGUGAAAGAUGCUAAUUUAGCAGGAACUAUGUCAGGGCACGCUUCAUGGGUUCUUAGCGUCGCUUUUGCUCCAAAUGGACAAAAAUUUGCAUCUAGUAGUUCAGAUCAUACAGUUAAAGUUUGGGAAUUAGCGCAACGACAAUGUUUACAUACAUUUAACGAACAUCAUGAUCAGGUAUGGGCUGUGAAAUACAAUCCGCAAAGAAACAACAUUAUUGCAUCGGUAUCCGAGGAUAAAUCUAUCAACUUAUAUGAAUGUCCAAUGUUCGAUAAAUAAAGUCAUUUUUAUAAGGAUA